CGCCUGGCCUUCAUCACAUGAUCUUCAUCAUCAUCAUCAGCAUCAGCGUCUAACGUCACUGUGUGUUUGUGUGUGUGUGUGUGGGUUGUCGUGCUGUUAGCGAGGACAUGGCCGGCAUCUUGGCGUGGUUCUGGAACGAGCGCUUCUGGCUCCCGCACAACGUGACGUGGGCUGACUUGAAGAACACCGACGAGGCGACGUUCCCGCAAGCGGAGGACCUUUAUCUCGCUGGCCCUUUGGCCUUCUGCGUCGUUAUGCUGCGGCUGCUGUUCGAAAGAUUAAUUGCAAGGCCAUGUGCUGUGGGCCUGAAGAUUCAAGCCAACGGGCCACAAAAAGCCCAACCCAACGCCAUCUUGGAGAAGGUUUUUACCGCCAUUACCAAGCACCCCGAUGAAAAGAGGCUGGAGGGAUUGUCCAAGCAGCUGGACUGGGACGUCCGAACCAUUCAGCGCUGGUUCAGACAACGACGCAACCAAGAGAAACCCAGCACUCUCGCCCGCUUCUGUGAGAGCAUGUGGCGGUUUACAGUUUAUCUCUACAUUUUCACUUAUGGAGUGCGUUUCCUUAAAAAGACACCCUGGCUAUGGAACACUAAAGAAUGCUGGUACAACUACCCUUACCAGCCAUUGUCUGUGGACGUCCACUAUUACUACUUACUGGAGCUGUCCUUCUACAUGUCCAUGCUCUUCUCCCAAUUCACUGACUUCAAGAGGAAGGACUUCUUCAUCAUGUUCCUGCACCACGUGGCAACCAUCUCCCUCAUCACCUUCUCCUACGUCAACAACAUGGCAAGAGUUGGAACUCUGGUCAUGUGUCUGCACGACGCAGCGGACAUCCUGAUAGAGGCAGCCAAGAUGGCCAACUAUGCCAAAUGUCAGAUAUUGUGCAACCUCCUCUUUGCCAUGUUUGCAAUUCUCUUCAUCAGUUCCAGGCUGGCAGUUUACCCAGUGUGGAUUUUAAAUACCACCCUGUUCGAGAGUUGGGAAAUAGUUGGACCUUAUCCAUCCUGGUGGGUCUUCAACCUGCUUCUAAUCUUACUGCAGCUUCUUCACUCGUACUGGUCGUACCUCAUAGUGAAGACCGCAUACCACGCCAUCUCCAAAGGAAAGGUGGGGAAAUGGAGUCCUUUACAUGUGUCUAAAGAUGACCGCAGUGACAUCGAGUCCAGCUCGGACGAGGAUGAAAGCCCUCCAUCCAAACAGAAACUCCACAGCAGCGCCACUAACGGGACCAACAAAGCUCACGGGACCAAUGGCUACCUAACAGCAGCUUUUUACCCUGAUGAACACUGACUGUACUGGCACAGCCAUGUGGGGACAACAUUAACACCACUUAUUUUAUCCUCAACUUCUUUAUGGCUUCAGUUUUCAGUUUGACUCGUUUCCAUCAGACAUUUAAUCCUCUCGUCUGCAUAAUUUCAUCAGCUAUCCAGCAAACUUUUUUUUGUCAGAGAGUGAAAAUGUAUUCUUCUUUACGGCUUUAAGCAAACUACAGUUUGGACACACCUUCUCCUCAUUCAAUGUGUUUUCUUUAUUUUCAUGACUAUUUACAUUGUAGAUUGUCACAUCAAAACUAUGAAUGAACACAUGUGGAGUUAUGUACUGAACAAAAAAAGGUGAAAUAACUGAAAACAUGUUGGGUCUCUUCCUUAGAGGUAGGGUGAGAAGCUCUGUCAUGCAGGAGGAGCUCAAAGUAAAGCCGCUGCUCCUCCACACUGAGAGGAGCCAGAUGAGGUGGUUCAGGCAUCUGGUCAGGAUGCCACCCGAACACCUCGCUAGGGAGGUUUUUAGGGCACAUCCGACCGGUAGGAGAAGACCCAGGACACGUUGGGAAGACUAUGACUCCCGGCUGGCUUGGGAACGCCUCGGGAUCCCCCAGGAGGAGCUUGACCAAGUGGCUGGGAAGAGGGAAGUCUGGGCUUCCCUGCUUAGGCUGCUGCCCCCGCAAACCCGACCUUGGAUAAGUGGAAGAAGUUGGAUGGAUGGAUGGAUGUUUUAUAUUCUAGUUUGUUCAAACUAGCCACCCUUUGCUCUAAUUACUCGUUUGCACACUCUUGGCAUUCUCUCCAUGAGCUUCAAGAGGUAGUCACCUAAAAUGGUUUUCACUUCACAGGUGUGCUUGAAGCUCAUGGAGAGAUGUGAAAGAGUAAUCAGAGCAAAGGGUGGCUAUUUUGAAGAAUCUAGAAUAUAAAACAUGUUUUCUGUUAUUUCACCAUUUUUUGUUAAGUACAUAACUCCACAUGUGUUCAUUCAUACUUCUGAUGUGACAAUCUACAAUGUAAAUAGUCAUGAAAAUAAAGAAAGGAGAAGGUGUGUCCUAACUUUUAGCCUGUACUGUACAUCGAUACACAGUCGUCUGGCAUUCUGGGGGGGUGUGCGUCUUAUGUCGGUAUCUUUUGUGUUAUUUAUUUAUUUUCCUCACGAUUACGUUUAGUGCUACACCCCCAAAGAUUUGCCAGAUUAAUGAACGGUGAGUUCCAAUUUGUGACAUUGACUCGCCGUUUGAAAAAAAGACAAACAUUGUCCACUUUGGCUGUAUAUGAGAUGUCGACAACAGUAUUAUGUGUAUGACUAGAUACUGUAUUCCCUAUCAAUGCAUUUUGUUUAGUCGUGCGACACAUUGCUGCCUGCGUCUCGUACAAGGCACUUAUGAGUCCUUUGAAUUAUUCAAUAAAUGAACAAAAAUCGUUAUUGCAAA